GUUAAUAACAGUACUGGUAGUGGAAGGGAUUGCUGUGGCCCAAAAAACCCAAGAUGGACAAAAUAUUGGAAUCAAGCACAUUCCUGCAACCCAGUGUGGCAUUUGGGUUCGAACCAGCAAUGGAGGUCAUUUCGCUUCACCAAAUUAUCCUGACUCAUAUCCACCAAACAAGGAGUGUAUCUACAUUUUGGAAGCUGCUCCACGUCAAAGAAUAGAGUUGACCUUUGAUGAACAUUAUUAUAUAGAACCAUCAUUUGAGUGUCGGUUUGAUCACUUGGAAGUUCGAGAUGGGCCAUUUGGUUUCUCUCCUCUUAUAGAUCGUUACUGUGGUGUGAAAAGCCCUCCAUUAAUUAGAUCAACAGGGAGAUUCAUGUGGAUUAAGUUUAGUUCUGAUGAAGAGCUUGAAGGACUGGGAUUUCGAGCAAAAUACUCAUUUAUUCCAGAUCCAGAUUUUACUUACCUAGGAGAUUGUCAGUUUGAGCUCUCGGGAGCUGAUGGAAUAGUGCGCUCUAGUCAGGUAGAACAAGAGGAGAAAACAAAACCAGGCCAAGCCGUUGAUUGCAUCUGGACCAUUAAAGCCACUCCAAAAGCUAAGAUUUAUUUGAGGUUCCUAGAUUAUCAAAUGGAGCACUCAAAUGAAUGCAAGAGAAACUUCGUUGCAGUCUAUGAUGGAAGCAGUUCUAUUGAAAACCUGAAGGCCAAGUUUUGCAGCACUGUGGCCAAUGAUGUAAUGCUUAAAACAGGAAUUGGAGUGAUUCGAAUGUGGGCAGAUGAAGGUAGUCGGCUUAGCAGGUUUCGAAUGCUCUUUACUUCCUUUGUGGAGCAAAAGAAAAAAGCAGGAGUAUUUGAACAAAUGACUAAGACUCAUGGGACAAUUAUUGGCGUUACUUCGGGGAUUGUCUUAGUCCUUCUCAUUAUUUCUAUUUUGGUACAAGUGAAACAGCCUCGAAAAAAGGUCAUGGCUUGCAAAACUGCUUUUAAUAAAACCGGGUUCCAAGAAGUCUUUGAUCCUCCUCAUUAUGAACUGUUUUCACUAAGGGACAAAGAGAUUUCUGCAGACCUGGCAGACUUGUCGGAAGAAUUGGACAACUACCAGAAGAUGCGGCGCUCCUCCACCGCCUCCCGCUGCAUCCAUGACCACCACUGUGGGUCGCAGGCCUCCAGCGUCAAACAAAGCAGGACCAACCUCAGUUCCAUGGAACUUCCUUUCCGAAAUGACUUUGCACAACCACAGCCAAUGAAAACAUUUAACAGCACCUUCAAGAAAAGUAGUUACACUUUCAAACAGGGACAUGAGUGCCCUGAGCAGGCCCUGGAAGACCGAGUAAUGGAGGAGAUUCCCUGUGAAAUUUAUGUCAGGGGGCGAGAAGAUUCUGCACAAGCAUCCAUAUCCAUUGACUUCUAAUCUUCUGCUAAAGGUGACGUGAAUUCUUAAGUAUGUAUGUACGCAGCCUCCAAGGCACCAUACUGUUUCCAGCAGCCAACCCUUUUCUCCCAUCACAACUACGAAGACCUUGAUUUACCGUUAACCUAUUGUAUGGUGAUGUUUUUAUUCUCUCAGGCAGUCUAUAUAUGUUAAACCAAUCAAGGAACUUACUCUAUUCAGUGGAAACAAUAAUCAUCUCUAUUGCUUGGUAUCAUUUAUAGGAAGCACUGCCAGUUAAAGAGCAUUGGAAGAGGUGGUUGGAUGGAGCCAGACUCAGGCUGCCUAUUCGUUUUAGCAACGGGAAGACUGCUCUUGACUGAUACAGCUCUGUCAAUAUUUUGAUGCCACAAUAAACUUUAAGAUUUUUCUUUACAUUUUAUUUUUCCUUUCUCUAAAUUUAAUUUGUUUUAUAAGCCUAUACUUUUACCAUUUCAGUUUCUUACAUAAAUACAAGUGGUUAAUGUACCACAUACUUCAAUAUAGGCAUUUGUUCUUGAAUGUGUCAAAAUACAGCUAGUUACUGUGCCAAUUAAGACCCAGUUGUAUUUCAUCCAUCUGUUUCUUCUUGGCUAAUCUCUGUACUUCUGCCUUUUAAUUACUGGGCCCUCAUUCCUCAUUUUCUGUGAGAAAUAAUAGAUGAUAUUUGUCACCUUUCAAUUACAUUUUUUCUCAGUUAUACUGGAAAAUUUCAUAAUCCUGGGAUAUAGGUACCAUUGCCCACUAUGACUAACAAUUUGAAAAAGAUAAAGAUUUCUAGCCAGCCUUUGAAGUUUCCCAAGUAUAGUCACAUUCAGUGACAGCCCAUUCAUUCCAGUAAACAAAGUCAUUUCAUUCACUUUGGGAGAGGCCUAUAAUUACGUUUAUUUGCAAUGUUUCUCUUCGCUAGAUUGUUACAUAGCUCCUGUUCUACUGAUUUUGCUUACCACAUAUGGUAACCAAGGUUAGAUGCGAGUUAAAAUUCCUUAGAAACUGGAUGAGCCUUGAGAUUGCUUCUUACCUGGGACAGGACAUUUUUCUAGCUCUUAUCAAGAAUAACAACUUCCACUUUUUUUUAAACUGCACUUUUGACUUUUUUUAUGGUAUAUAAACAAUAAUUUAUAAACAUAAUAUAAAUGCUCAUUGUGUUUUUUUAGACUUUUGAUAUUAUUUGAUACUGUACAAACUUUAUUAAAUCAAGAUGAAAGACCUACAGGACAGACUCCUUUCAGUGUUCACAUCAGCGGCUUUGUAUGCAAAUAUGCUGUGUUGGACCUGGACGCUGUAACUUAUCGUAAAGACCUUGGUAAUGUGGACAUAAGCUCUUUCUUUCCUUUUGUUACUGUAUUUAGUUUGUGAUAAAUUUUUCACUGUGUGAUAUUUAUUGCUCUAAAUCACUACACAAAUCCUAUAUUAAAAUAUACAUUAUACCUGACCCUUUAAUCAUGUUAUUUAUGCUACUGAGGUUGUGGAUCUUAAGGUAUGUACGGAAAGGAACUCAUUUAUCAAAUUGUAAGUAAUACAGACAUGCCAUUUAAAAGAGGUAAAUUCUUGUUUUCUAUAUUUUGGUAGUAAAUUCUCAAUGAAAUAA